UUGGUGGAUUUCCGGUUUUCGAACCAAGGUUACUCACAUGUCAGCCUGCGCUUGCUGUUAGCUAGGGUGCUGUUGAGAUAUGAUACAUGAAAUAGUGAUGUGACUGUUACAAGACGAGAAUAGUUUGAUUUAUCAUCAUACCAGAUUUGGGAAAAAAGAUGCUCAGGUGCCUUCAACGUUUGGGCGUCUCUGAGAAAUGUCUCAUCUUUUCGAGCCAAGCACAGACCCAGAGUUACUUUCCAGCUUCAUGUUUGUACACUUCCUAUUGUGGAUUUCACAUGAAAACAAAGAGGGAAGCUGCUCAGCAAAACAGAUCUGUUAGUCAAAAUAAAACUUUGAGGGAAUCACAGGAUCUUUAUCACAAAAGAACUAACGUGAAGCAUUGGAAUCAGGAAGAAUUUCAAUCCAAAGUGAAAAGUUCACAUUCUCUAAUUGAUGAUAUAUAUCAUAAACAGACAAGUGGACAUCUUCCUCUAUACAAGUUAGAUGGUUUAGAUCCAAUACAGUAUACUCUGAUAUAUAACAAUGUGUCACAAACGGAACACUAUAGACAGAAACGCUUUGCUGUGACUAGUGUAUUAGCUAGAAUCUGUAUUUGUUGGAUGAUGGGGAAUAUGGCUUUUGUUUGUGUGGUUGACCAUCAAGUAGUACCACAACACAUACAAUAUAUUGUUGUCGUUUCCUUUAUUCUGUAUAUGUAUGGGAUUUGGCGUUUUAUGAAAAUCCGCAGAGCCUACAUGGAGUGUAUAUUACGACUUUACAGAGAAAACCAUGGCUUAAACAAGAAGUAUGUUAUGAUCAAACCAUACAAGUUUAUGUCUACAAAACAGAAAGUAUUUUCACAAUCAGACAUCAAGAAGUUACAUCCGGAGAGAUAUCCAGAGCAUUUCAAGAUAGAUUGGUGGCAGAAACAUCACCUAAAACCAGAGAACUUUAUCAUGGAUUCCAAGAAAUUCCUGUCACAAAUCCUUGGGAACAAACAGUAACAAAUAAGAAUGAUUAAAACUGUUUCUUUUUUGUGU